AUGUCAAACUACAACCAAGACUACCAAGGCGAGUCCAACAGCUACCGCGGAGGAGAAGCUAACAGCUAUCGCGGAGGAGAGGCCAACAGCUACAGAGGCUCCCAGCAGCAGAAUGAUAACUCUUAUAACAAUGGUUAUGGCAGCUAUGGUGCCCCUCCCAGCUCUGGUUACCAGCAGCAGCAGCAGCACUCCAACAACGGCUAUAGCCAACAGGAGUCUAACUAUAACAGCAACAGCAACGAUGGUUAUGGCAGCUAUGGCGCUCCUCCUCAGCAAAACAAUGAUUCUUACGGUCAACAAUCCCGUCCCUCUGCUGGUAGCCACCAUGCCUCUUUCAAUGAUAGAGACGCUGCAAACUACGCUGCCAAGUAUGCCGAUGAUGGUGAGGACCAGGAGGUGUUCUCGUCUGUUCUCUCGAAUAUCUCGUCCAAGCAAAAUCUCCAUCAGUCCGCAGCUCAGCCCCAAGAGCUCCAGAAUGCCCAGCAAUCUCACCAGCAGUUUUAUGGUAACAACGAUGGAAACCAGAGAAGUGCUUCUCCCACAGAUAUGGGUACUGCUGCCGCUGUUCAGGCAUUGGAAAACCAUGAGAGAAGCGGCAGUGGUGGCGGAAUGAACGACAUGAUUGGUAUGGCUAUGGCCGAAGCUACCAAGCUUUUCUCAAAGUCAGGUGGAACCAAUGCCAGCAGCAAUGAUGGCGGCAAGGCUCAGGUGCUCCAGCAGGCUGCAAUGAUGGCUGUUAAGCUCUACAUGGCUAAGCAGGCUCAGGGUGCUGCCAGUGGUGGUGCCAGCGGAGGUGGAAGUGGUAUUUCUAGCAUGCUUGGUAUGUUGAUGGGUGCAGCAGGUGGACAGCAGUCUCAGCAGUCUCAGCAGUCCAGCGGUGGUGGAUUGGGUAGCAUGGUAAGCUCUUUCAUGGGCGGAGGUGGCGGACAGCAGCAGCAGCAGCAACAACAACACCAACAGCAGCAGUCGAGCGGUAAUGGUCUGGGUAAUAUGGUCAGUUCUUUGAUGGGUGGUAGCCACAGCAAUACUCAGCAGCAGCCCCAACAGCAACAGCAACAGCAGCAGCAGCAGCAAUCUUCCGGUGGUAAAAUGGCCGCCAGUUUGAUUUCCAAGUUCUUUUAAACAAAAAAAAAGAUCUCACUAUUAUAGGUGCUAUAAUCUAUAAUAUUCACUUGUAUAUUGUAAACUCUAUUAAAUAACAAAAGGCAAUGAUUCUUUUCUUUAUUAUUCAUCGAUCUUAUCUGCCAUACUUCCUCUCUUCCAAAAGAGAAGGAUCUUUUUCU